AUGGCCAAACAAGUGCUAAAUGCUGCAAAGAGAGCAUCCAAGAAACGUAGCGCACCUACAGAAAACAAAGAUGGAUCGCCUCAAAAGAAGCUUAAAUCGUCAUUACAAAGUUCUACGGAUACUCCAUUUACAGUGGAAAGUGCACUGGCUCUUCCGGUCUCAACAGCCAGCGAAGAAGAGCUCUCAGAUGUCGUGCUCAUCACAAAUAGAGCACCACUAGUGCUUGCCUUUGCUGUCUGUGUUCUGAAGUACACAAUGCCUGAGCAGCCAAUAUCAAGUAGGCUUAGCCUGGCCCAAGCUGUUGUUAGCGCCAAUAGCCGCUCAAAAGCCAUCAGCUUGGGUCUUGAAAGCGACAAACCUGCUGAGCAGGAAGGAUGGGGCGACGGUCUGCCCACUAUUUCGGUCUUGGGCAGGGAAAUCAAGGUGUUAAAACGGUGGGACUACAAUCCUCGAGAGGGUCGACCCUCGCAGGAAUCUCAGGGCGCGGAGGCCACUUCUGAUGACAUAUUAGGGCAAUGUCUUACGGACGACUCGGAGCCCAGGCCAUCGCUUUGGGGUAUUGAUGUUCUGGCGUUAAAACGUGGUGAAUCAUAUCCGCCUGAGACAGCUGCGAAUACAAGCAAGGCGCUUCCAAUACACAAUCCAGACGCAGCACGCUCAUAUCUUCUCAAAUCGUUCAUGAAAUCACCUGAUAAAGAUCAAGGAGAGUCAGCAUCAUCAAAGAGAAAGAGCGUAACAAAGAUCGAGACAGAAAGAGAAGCCUGCUUAAGUCAUCUCCUACGGUCUAUCGAUAUGGUGUGUCAAUCAUGGGCUUCCACGCUGAGCGCAGAGGACCUGGAUAGGCGUGCUUGGUCAUGUAGUACGAGCGCGGGUAACAGUUUUGGUGUGCUGGCGCCAGCCUGCCAUUAUUGCAAUGAAUUCGUUCUGGAUGGUUUCAGGACAAUUUUGAAUAAGACUCUGGACAUCCGUUGCCAUAUUAUCACCGAUUUGAGAUGCCAGAACUGGAAGAGAAUAUACGAGCAUUCAUCGUCAAAGAUUUUCGUGAAGCCGUCAUUAGUGGCUGCCGUCUAUUAA